CUCUGUUUGACAGGUCACGAUCCCACAAAAGAUUUUCUCUCUGUUUUCCUCUUCCUCUUCCUCUUCCUCUUCCUACGUAGUUAACACCUAACAGCUCUCCUUUUAGAUUCUCUUUCUAGGCAACCAAUCACCCCCAAAAUUAGCCUCUGCUCCCAUUCAACCGCGCAUGCGCUGAUUCUCUCUUCAUUCAUUUUCUCUUUCUCUGUUUGUUUCUCAUAUGCGUUUCUCAGAAAGAGGGAUGAAUCAGACAUCAAUGUGAAUUCGCAGACGACAUCUUCUCUCAUUAAUGGCAUUUACCCAAUAUCUUUUUCCACUCGUUUUUUACUUGCCCUUUUUUGCAGAAUCUGUAAUGGAAAUCGAGGAUCCUCUGCAUCUCUGAAUGAAAAUUCGAGAUUCCUUUGUUUUUGUGUCCCGUCUAAAUCAUUUUGGGGACCAACCCAUUUCAUUCUUUUCCUUGAUUUUUCUCGUGAAAAACAAAAUUGACAAACAUCUCCGUUUUCAGGAUUAGCUCCUUAUGCCACCCAAACCCCAGAGCUCUGCUCCCAAAUCCUGAAACGAGGAUUUGGAAGGAACGUACUUGACCCAUUUCCUUGAUUUUUCUCUACAGCGAGGAAUUUCGGAGAUUUGGCUCUUGUUCUCUGUUGCCCAGCCUUGAAGAACCCAAAUUCUUGAAUUAAAUCAGAAUACUAGGAAUUCAGGAAUUUGGGUUCGUAUUCAGAUGCAACAACCUCUUGAGUCCUCUAAUCGAACGCCUUCUUUCUUUUGAUUUUCUUGUUUAAUGGGAACACAGUCAUUAACCCUGAUCCUUGUGAUUUUAGGGCUUGUAUGCAAUUUCUGUGCUCUUCUUGUUGAGUCACGAUCACAAAAUGUCCCGGUAUCACUCGCAUUUGUAUCAAAAUUUGUAAGCUCAUCGCCUCCUCCUCCUCCUCCUCCUCCUCCUCCUCCGCCGCCGCCGCCGCCAUCACCACCUCCACCAUCCCCUCCACCGCCACCGCCACCGCCACCGCCACCUCCACCUCCACCUCCACCUUCUCCAAUACCACCUCCACCUCCACCUCCACCAACACCAUCAACAUCUCCACCAUUCCCAACCCCUCCGUCACCAUCCCCAUUACCUCCCGCUCCCGAAUCGACAUCCCCAUCAUCUCCAGCACCUCCACGCUUGUCACCACCUCCCCCACAUUCUGAAACCAGUGCUCUGCCGCCUUCACCAAGCAGUGCCUUACGCAACAGCUCCUCAAAUGGAAGCAGGACGCUGCAUCAAUCAACUUCAUCAACGCAAAAAAAUCAUGAAAUGAACGCAGGGCAAAAGGUAGGCAUAUUGUUUGUUUGCAUUGCAGCGAUUUUGCAAAUUGGUGUUGUUGGGUUCUUGGUUUUCAAGAGAAGGCAGCUUUUGAGGAUCCAAGAAAGAUAUGAAACUUACUCUUCCUGAAUUUCCAGUAUUGUCAAGUUCAUAUCACUGAUCCUCUAGAGGAGCUUUGAUUAAAAUUGAAGAUUCUUUGUUCAAAUUCUAUGAAAGGGGCUGCAAAAAGAUUGAUUAAUAGAUACAAAUGGCAGAUCAUUGGUUUGAAAAUUUGGGGAAUGAUUCCCCUGUGCAGGUCCUUGAAGUCUUUGAUUCUGUAAAGUGGUAUUGGUUGAUUGCCCUUUUCUUAAUCUUGUUAUUGAAUUUCACAAUCUAAUGUAGUUUAAUCUACACAGCUUAUAAUGCAGAGAAGAGUCUGAGCCAUUUCUUUGUCAUGUUACAGAUUUUGGGCUAACAUACUUGUAAACAAUGUCUGGAAUCAUGGAAAUUGGAAGGAUUGCAAUGAUUUGUGCAGUUGUUUAAUUUGAUGAGCUUGGAUAUUGGGUUAAGCUUAUUUGGAAUGAAAAAUGAAGUAUGUCUGAAUCUGAAUUCAGUGGGUGCUUGAAAGAAGGACUGUUUUCCAGUAAUGGAAAAAUGAGGUGUCACCUGAAAGCAUCCUUUUUUUUAUUUUCCUUCAUGAUUAGAUUGUUACUCUCAACGUAUGCAUGCAUUCAUUUUAGCACAAGAAGAAAGUCUGCUUUUCGUUGUAAUCAUUUCGCCAUUUAUUCUUUAAUUGCUUAAUAACUUACAACAUUCUCAUAUGCUCGAGGAAUUCAACUACAAUACCUUAAUAAAAAAUUGGUUAUUUUA